AUGUAUUGCACUUCAGAUUAUCAUGGAGAACGACGUACAAGUGUCCCACGGUAUGAAAGACACGGACGCGUCCAAGACACGGUCCAAAAAAGAAAGUCGUAUGUAUGCAUGAAUGUGUGCCAUCACCAACAUCACAACAGCAAAAAGAAACGAAGUUGUCCCGUGCCAGACUCGAACUGGCGGCCUUGGGAUUUCUACUCUUAG